AUGGCACCUUCAUCAAAAGGAGCAAUUCUCUUUAUCAGUAACUACACCGGCGACCGACUUCAUUCCGGGCUUCCGAUGGAAAAGGCCAAGGCUGAAGGGCUCGUCAACAAUAUAGCUAUUCUGGUGGCUACGGAUAAUGUCUCAAUCCCCAACUCGAAGACCAGUCGCCUAGAUCGACGAGGUCUACCUGGCUAUAUUUUGACAAUUAAGAUCCUGGGAGCUGCUUCCAAACGGCACUACACCUUUGAGAAAUGCUUCGAUAUUGGCCAGGCAGUUAACGCACUCAUCGGAGCCUUUGAAACAUCUCUUAAUGCCCCUACAUUCUCUAUUACACCAUGCAAUCCGUCUAAUGCGGCAAGGCAGUCAAAUUCUGAUGUUGAUGCCCUCCUCCAACUUCUCGAAACCAAUACUACGGCCGCGUCUUGGCCAAAUACGACAUGGCCAGCCUAUCAUGACAAACGGCAGUCACUUUCUAAUCUCAACAAGACGAGCACGUUGGCUAAACUCAUCAAGUGCUAG